UCCCCCCCCCUCCCCUUUUCUCGCAGUGUUGUUUCACGGAGUUUGGCUGCCUGGCUUUCUUAAGACCAUAUUGCGGAACGGCGGAGGAGGAGACGAGACGAGACGGAAGGACACGGACGGAGAGGAUGCGGCGUUGCAGGAGAACCGGAAGCGGUCGCCGCGCUGGGGCCGGGAGGCUGACUUUCGGCGCGCCUUCUCUGAGGUAGCAGGGAGGUUUCCCCGCUUGCUCCCUGCUUUUAGUGCCUUUAGUUUAGACAGUGGAGGAGGUAACCCCUCUUUUCUCUCCAAGCCGCUUCCACCUUAUCUCGUUUCUCUGCGAUAAGAAAAACCGAAUAUGCACGUUAGAUACCCGAAGUUAUGAAGUAAAAAAAAAAAUGGUAGAUAAACGCACCAAUAGCUCUUGGCGGAUGUGCGAUUCACGCCGCUGUGGCUUUUUUUUGAUUCAGUCUGGCAUAAGAGCCUGGAAAACACGGUGAUAAAUCGGGCUUAAGUUAACGAUCAGUUAUUUGUAAAUAUAUUUUGCAGGCAAAUUUUGUUGUAGUUUAGGGUGGCUUUUACAUAGGUAAAACCUUCGAAGAUCUGAAGAACUAUUCAUGUAAUCCUAAAAUAGAAGAAGAAAUAUGACAAGGAACCACUGCUCUAAGAAGUUUACAUAAUCAAUAUUUACAGCUUUUCUCUGGAAUGCAAAUGGCUUAAAGUGCAAUCCUGUGCAUGUCUAUUCCAAAAUAAGCUCUCCUGAAUUCAGUUGGAUUUAUUCCCAGACAAAUCAUUGGGCCUUCCAGUAAACUUCCUGAAGUUUUUCUUUGGUGCAUGUGGUUUUCAAGUAUCGGUAAUCAUCCUAGGAAAUAGGCCUAUGUUAAUAGAAAAUGUCAGUGAAUAACUUCUUUGGAAAUAAGAAGAGAAACAGUUCCAUAUUAUAUGAUGUUGAUCAGACAAAAAUUACUUCACCUCUCCAGAGAUCUAUGAGCCAUAAUAAUAUUGGAAAUCAUGGUGAAGGCCUCCCACCAAACAAGCGUUACAAAAGUGUUGUUUCAUCCAAGUGUAAAGAAACGGAAGAUCCAUUUGGGGAUAAUGAUGAUUUUACAGUAGAUGACUUGAAGGAGAUAGACAUUAUUGCUUCCCAGGCAUUGACGCAAGAUGUUUCUUCAGAAACAAAUUUGUUGAAAACGGAGCAAAAUGCUCAGUUGUCCAUUUUUCCAAAUAGCACCAAUCAGUUCAAAACACCUGAUCAAUGGAAUAUUGCUCUAACAACUGAGACAAAAUCAUUGGAAAAUAGCAUAGAAGAAAUGAAACUUAAAGAAAGAUUUAAACUUGAAACAGUCCAAGCACAAUUCAAGGAGGCCAUGAAAAAGUUGAAAGAAAUGCAGGAUGAAAUCCUUAUUAAAAAUGGAGAAAUAAAAAUUUUGCGGGAUUCAAUGCAGCAGAUGGAAUCUACUGUGGAGGAUCAGCGGAAAUCAUACAUAUUACUGGAAAGAGAAAAUGCUCAGUGUUUAAAUGAAAAAGAAAAGGAAUUCUCCAGAAAGUUACAGUCACUGCAAUCUGAACUACAUUUCAGAGAUGCUGAAAUGAAUGAGCUGAGAACAAAGAUUUUGAAUUGUGAAAGGAUUAAACCUGUGGCCCCUGUUUCAUAUACCAGUCCUAAAAAAAGCCCCUCUAAACCUCUGAAAAGUGAAAGAUGUACUCAUAUUGAAAAAAAAAGUUAUCCCACAGAAGAGUCUUUUGGAUCUCGGGUAUUACCAAUACCAUCUUGCUCCAGGACCCAAUCCCAUGUCCAAGCUCCUCAGGAAAAUAAUGACAGCAAAACAACUGUCCUUGAAACUGAGCCAGUGAAGCAAGAAACAAGUUUCAGCUGUCCUCAGAGACCAGGUUCCCUUUUACUGAAUGCACUGUUGAAGCAGCCACUUGUUCCAGGAUCAUCAUUAGGAAUCUGCAACCUUCUUAGCAGCAACACUGAAGCUUGGUUUGGAUCUGCUAUGCAGUCUGCUUCUUUCAGUGUAGGACCUACACAAAAGAACAAUAACAAGAUUACAAGCCUUCAGGAAGGUGAGACUUCAUUGAGAACUACUCAAAAACUUGCCUUAACUGGAUUGAAUUUGAUUGCUGUAGAUGGAGGCUCACUGGAAGGACAACAAAACAGGAGACACGUCCCCCACCUUAAAUGCGUUAAAAUCCCUGGAGCAGUACAUCUUCUCCCCCUCCUGGAACUUCACAUUGGUGCAUAUAAUCAAGCCCUCUUGUCAGUGACGAAGACCGGAAGCAUUUCUUCUGGGAAUCAAUCUGCUUGCACCUCCGGGACAUCUUCAGGUGCAGCUUCAAGUGUAGAGGACACUUUAUCCACUCUUGAAGAGUAUGCACUCGUGUCACUGGGCAUUCUUUACUAUUUAGUGUUUUAUAGCUGGGAAGUUAUUAAUACACUUCUGUCCCAUGAUAAAAAAGCAGAUUGUAAUCCAGGAGCUAUAGAUGUUUCUGAGAAGAAUGAGACUGUGGCUUGCAGUAAACAGGAUACAGCUAAUCUUCAGGAAACCAUCCCAGAAUUAGAGGUUGCCAGUUUGGACAAAUCCCAGCAUCCUUUGUUUAAAAAGCUACUACAACUCUUAAGCUUGUGUGUAACAUCAGCAGGAUGCCAGAAGUGCCAUAUCGCAAAUCAGUGCCUAAAAGUUUUGGUGAAAUUAGCUGAAAAGUCAACAGUUGACUUAUUAAUAAGCUUUCAGUGCUUGUUUGAUAGCCAGUCACAGAUCCUGCUUCGCUGUAUAUCUUCAGAAACUCCCUUGUUUGCUGUUCUUCUUACUGUUAGGAUGUUAAGUUUGCUUGCUGAGCAUCAGGAUCUGGCUGCUCGGUUUUGUUCAUGUUCAGAAACCUGCCUACUUUUGGCAUUAUACAUGUACAUCACAUCACGCCCUGAUAAAUUAGCAUCUGAAGGGCUUUGGCUGCAGUUGGAACAAGAGACGGUUCGUUUUCUGACCAAGUGUAUGCAGUGUUGUAGAUCCUCUGUUUUACUUGUGGGAACAGAUUGCCAGUGCACUUCUGAGGCAGUGAAAGCUCUGAUAGUAAUGUUACAUAGGCAAUGGCUUUUGAUCAGAAAAAUGGAAGGAAUCGUGUUCAAUGGACAUGAAAAGCAAAUUGUACAGUUUUUGAGGGAUGCUGUUUUGCUUCUGCAUGGUCUCUCCCAGAAAGAUAAACUUUUCCACGAACAUUCCCUGGAAGUGCUCCACCAAUACGAUGGUGUCUUGUCUGGGGUUACAGCAGUCCUGAGAAAAGGGCAGCAUUUAAAAGCUUGUGAAGAACUUGCACUGGAUGAACUGUAUUCUUUGGAGCCCGAAGUCAGUGACCAGGAAAUGGAUUGCAGAUAAUCGUCUUUCAAUAAUGUAUUUGUUUACUUUCCAGAAAAGUUACCUGGAGCAAGGAGGCAAAGAUGAUAAUGGGAGGUUUCCUUUGCAGAAGAAAAGCAAAAUCUCAGAUAGGAAGACGAACUACCUCCAAUGUGGCGGACAGAUGCUUGGAAUUUUUGAAGUACCUCAGACCAGGAAAGGCUGGGAAGGCCCAGAGGGAGAUGCAUCACACAAGGUCUAUACAAAGUGGCCAGCUACCAAAGAUCCAAGCAGAGAUGACAUGCUGAGUACUUUCCACAGCAGUACAACCAAUUCCCCUCCCAUCUCUUGCUUGGGAAAUGGACUAGAACAGGGGUGUCAAACUUGUGGCGUCAUAGCAUCACGUGACGUAUCGAGACUUUUUUCCCCCCUUCACUAGGCCAGUGUGUGACACAUCUGGCCUACCGGCCGCAUGUCACUGCAUUUUUGUAUUUACCAGAUGAGCUCACAUUUUUGGAUUUUCAGACUUUCCGUAGCUUGCCAAGUUCUUAUCAGUAACUGAUACUACGCAUGUCCGCAUUCCUUUCCUUCUUCUAUAUACUUUCUUUGUUCUCCUGCCAGGAGAGGUCCGGCUGCAGAGAGGUGGCCGGCAGGAACGUUGCCAAAAUGUAAUUAUUUAGAUUAGUAAGAUGUUUUAUUUUCUUUAUAACAAAUAAAUGAGUUUUUCUUAUAUCUUCGGGUUUAUUUUCUUAAUGUAUACUUGCAAGGAAAAGUCUUGAUCCACGUCUCUAAAUCAAGGUGCGAUUACCCAAAAGCAGAAUGGGAUUAAUUAGCAUCCUGACACCGCAAGUUUGACAUUCCAGGACUAGAAGAAAAAGGUGAGGAAGCUGUAGUUUAGUAAUGGCGCAAGGGCUUGUUAACUAAAGAGCCCUGAGAAAGAGGCUGGGAGAAAGUGACAUAUUUGUAAGUGGAAGUUCCUAAUCGUUGUAAGUAGUACUUAGUAAAAGAAUCAUAGAAUUCCCUACUAUCUCUGUUAUUGUGAAGCAGUUACUCUUAGUUAAAAAUACAUUCAGCAGCCAAAAACACGUGACACAUUAAGAUUGAUGUAAUGUUAUGUCUGGGAAAAGAUAAUAAUUUUAGACCCUCUCAUCAAACUGGAAAGAACUCUUCAGGUAACUUCUCCAAAACAGCUACACUGGAAACUGGAUUCAACCAUAGCAAACCACAAAUUAUAUGUUAAAUCCAGUUGUGGAUCACAUGGUAUGAGCUUCCAUCUCCGUGUUCAUGUAUGGAAAGAAUUUUUAAAAACUACUUGGUGCCCAGAAUUCCGUAAAUAAAAACGAAUGCUAAUUCCUCCGAUUUUGAACUUCAAGGCCAGAACCAUCGUUCCACUUCUGCAGCUGGACACCCAAAAACAAAACUCUUCUGAAAGGUAAUCAAGGGAUUUGAUUUGAUUGGCCAUUUUCAAAGCAAACAAGUAUGGAUAGUGUGAGGUGCCAAUCCAUUAAUUAUAUGCUUUCCAAACACCACUCGGCUGCAUUGUGAGGCCUCAAAGUAUCUUUUGCCUCUUUUUUUUAAUAGGAGAAAAUUAUGUUAUUAAUUUCACAGCUCUCUUUUAUUCAGCACUUGUGUUACUAUCUUAAGAGGCACAAGAUAAAUGUGUACAAUUUAGAUCAGGGAAAAGUGGAAUCUGGCUCUCAAGAUGUCAGGUUGGAGUUCCCACCAUCCAUUAUCAGUGGUUAAUUUUAGCCCAGCGCACUUGAAGGCUUCAAUGAGCCCUGGACCCUAGCAUGGAUAUUUUAGAUGGAAGAUUUUUUUUGAAAGUAUGGUAUCUCAGAACAGGGUAGUCCUCAACUUACGACCAAAAUUGGGAAUGGAAUUUCUAUUGCUAAGCAAUGCCAUUAAGUGAGCUGUGCCUGAUUUUAUGACCUUGUUGCUGCAGUCAUUAAAUGAAUUCAUCUUCCCCACUGACUUGCUUGUAGAAAGCUUCCUAGGAAGGCUGCAAGUGAUGAUCAUGUGACCCCAGGAUGUGUCAUAAAUACAUGCUGGUUGCCAAGUGUCCAAAUCAUGAUAAUGAGAUGGGAUGCUGUGAUGGUCAUAAAUGUGAGGACUGGUCAUAAAUUACUUUUUCAAUGUGGUUGUAACUGAACAGUUGCUAAACAUAUGGUGUAUAGUGUAAGUCAAGGACUACCUGUAAAUUCCUUUUCCCACAUUUUAUCCUAUGGAAGUAUAGAUUUCAAACCUUGUGUUUUGGCUUCUGCCAACUCUGUAUUUUUUUUUUUUUUAAUCCUUUGUGCCUAAUGGUGAAAGCACACCGGCUGUGUCCUCACUUUAUUUUGGGAAAGGCUCUUAUUCUGAAUAUAGCUUUGAUGAGAUUCUAUUCUCUCUAGACUUUAAGCUUCUGACUGUGUUUGGAUUUUAUCAAAUAUGUAUUCAAGCUAUAUAUAUUACAACUUUCUAAAAAUAUUUUUUCUGUCAUUAUUAAUCCUUUUUGUAACUUGCAGUUUUAAAAUAAAGUUUCUGCAUUUUCGCGCUCUUCUAGCAUUCUGGCUAGCGGGAAAGGAAA